CCCGGCACAGUGGCCCUGCGUGAGAUCCGUCGGUACCAGAAGUCCACUGAGCUGCUGAUCCGCAAGCUGCCCUUCCAGCGCCUGGUGAGGGAGAUCGCUCAGGACUUCAAGACCGACCUGCGCUUCCAGAGCGCUGCCAUCGGAGCCCUGCAGGUCAGUGGCUGUGUGUGUGUGUGUGAAGCUCUGUCCCCCCCUAAUCCAGAUCCUGUCCUAAUUGGCCUACUACAUACACACACGGUAACAAAACGAUUAGUUACCGGAGUGUAACUCCAGUUCUAUGAGUGGAGCGGAGCCCCAUAGGGGAGCUCUGCUCCUAUUGGUUUACCCACUGCCCUAAGGCAGCAUCAGCCUGAGACAAAAUGAUGCACACACCUGCAGCCAAUAGGAGUACAGGUGUCCCUAUAAGAUGGGAUGCCUCCCCUCAAUCAGCCUCCCGAGAUAUUUAUCUUCAGCGAGACUAGAGAGGGUCGGCAGGGCCUUAAGUCCUAUGGGGCUCCGCUCCACUCAUAGAACUGGAGUUACACUCCGGUAACUAAUCGUUCUAUAUCGUGGAGCUCCGCCCCAUAGGGGAGCUCUGCUCCUAUUGGUUUAAGGCGGAGCGUAGCGCUCCAAAAUGUACUCCCUGCCGAGCCCAACACUUCCCAUCAAAAUGUCUCCACAGUCCUGCAUUCCUCCUCCUAGCUCAAAGUCUCCCUUCAGCCACGCUGAGUACAGACUGAGCCAAAGAGUUAGAAUACAUAUCCAAGAGAUAGAAACGGAUAAAUGGAGACGGUGUUGACCAUGACGCCGCUCUACAUAUAUCCUCUACCCCUGUUCCUCUGAAAAGGGCAGUAGAAGCUGCUACUCCACGAGUGGAGUGAGCUCUGAUACCCUGAGGCAAUUGUCGCCCCGCUGCCUCAUAAGCUGUCUCAAUGCCCUCACAGAGCCAAUGAGACAGACGCUGUUUCGAAAGUGGUCUACCUAGUGCAGCAGCACCAUGACACACAAACAGCUGAGGCGAUGACCUAAUCGCUGCUGUGCGCUCGACGUAACACGCCAAGGCGCAUACUGGGCACAGGCGAUGGAGCCUUUCCUCACUCCUCUCUCUAUGAGGAGGAGGAGAAAAAGCCCACAGCUCCACGGUCUGUGAUCUAUAUGAACUCCUAAUAACCUUCGGCACAAAUGCCGGGUUAGGACGUACCACCGCUCUGCUCAGAUCGCCAUUAAUGGCCAGGCAGUCGGGUCUCGUCGAAAGAGCACACAAAUCACUAACACGCUUAGCCGUAGUCAAAGCGAGCAACAGUGCUGUCUUCAAAGACAGCAUCUUAAGGGGUAUUUGAUUCAAUGGAUCGAACGGCGACUUACAUAGCGCUUCGAGUACCAAAUCCCACUGAGGAAGCGUGGCUCUAGGUGUUGGCCUAAGCUGCCGCGUUCCUAAUAGGAAACGUUUCACUAGAGGGUGGCUAAAGACAUUGUCUCUGCCAAACCCCUUGUGACAAGCUGAAAUCGCCGCUGCAAACACCUUAAUGGUGGCGGGCGAUCGCUGCUUGUCAAACAUAAGCUGUAGGAAAGAGAGAAUACUCUCAACCUGACAGCUCAUGGGGUCUACACCUUGUGUGACACACCAUUGUGAAAACACGUUCCAUCUACUGGCAUACAUCUUAGAAGUGGAACUGGCACGUGAACCCUGUAUGGUCCUGAUCACCGCAUCAGAUAACCCACGGCGCUCUAGCCUGUCCCUCUCAGCAGCCAGGCCUUCAGUGGUUGGCCGAUUAUGGGCAACUGCCCUAUCGUGCCCCCCGCCUGAGACAACGCGUCCCAUCGAUGUGGAAUUGGCCAAGGUGGCGCAAUCAACAUCUGACUCAUCUCCGCAAACCAAGGAGCCCCUGGGCGAUCGGUGGCUACCAGUAUCACUGACAGCCCUCCUGACCUCACCCUGGCUAACAGUGGGAGAAUGCAGGACAGCGGAGGGAAUGCAUACAGAAGAACUCUCGGCCACGGUUGGUGCGCAAAGGCGUCUCUUCCUAGUGGCGGUUCUUCCUGUUCCCUUAGAGAGAACCAUAGGGGACAUUGCGCAUUCACACGUGACGCGAAUAGAUCCACCUCGGCUCUCCCGAACUGUUCCCAAAUUUGGAGAACAAUGUCCGGAUGCAGACGCCACUCGUCGUCUCGAGGACCCCCUCUUGACAUGAGGUCUGCUCCUACGUUCAAGUAGCCCGGAAUGUGUGCUGCUCUCAAUGAGCGAAGGUGCUCGUGAGCCGACAGCCACAAUUCCUCUGCCGCCCGAUGGAGAGCAGGAGACCUGACUCCUCCCUGGCGAUUUAUGUGGGCUACUGUGGUCCGGUUGUCUGACCAGACCAGCACAUCGCGACCCCAAAGGGUAGACGCGAAGUGGGUCAAAACCAGUCUAACCGUUUCCAACUCCAAGAGGUUGAUGUGGCGACUCGAAAGAGGCCACACACCUCCUAUCGCUUGGGUCUGACAUGUCCCUCCCCAUCCCGUCAGAGACGCAUCUGUGAACACUGGGACGUAAGAGGACACUUUGCCUAUCGGGACUCCGUGCGUGAGAAUGCGCGGGUUUCUCCAAUAGUUCAGAUCUGCACUGAGCGAGAGGGGAACCACCACCAACCGAUGACGUUGACGUAAUGGGUCUAGUCUUAGUUGGGGGAACCAUCGCUGCAUCCUGCGCAUGUGCAGGAGUCCCAGCGGAACCACAGAGUGGGCUGACGACAUGAGACCCAAGAGUGACAUGAUCGACAGCGCCGUCACCGUGUGAUUCGGAUGACACUUCCUCAGGGCUAGCAACAAGGCUACCCUUCGGGGGUCCGAAAUUCGAGCCCUCAUCAUUACAGUGUCUAGCUGUAUCCCCAGGUAGACAAUCUGAUGACUGGGCCAGGGCGUGCUCUUUUUCCAAUUCACAGCGAACCCCAGACGUGUGAGAUGAAUCACUGUCUGUGUUGGGUGAGUGAUUGCCAGCUCUGCUGACGGGGCGAGAACCAGUAGGUCGUCUAGGUAGGCUAGUAGCCGUAUUCCCUGACGACGCAACGGUUCCAAUGCCGCCUCCACAUACUUGGAAAACGUGUGAGGUGCCAGGGCGUACCCGAAUGGCAUCCUCGUGUAUUCGUACGCCACCCCUUGAAAGGCGAAUCGCAGAAACUUCCUGUGACGCGGCUGUACCGGCACAUGAAAGUACGCGUCCUUUAGGUCUAUGCUCGUACAAAAAUCUCCUUUCUGGACACAUUCCAGCAGACGUUUUGUCGUUAGCAUUCGAAAGGGCCGUUUGGUUACGCUCUCGUUGAGAAUGCGUAAAUCCAAUAUUGGCCUCAUUCCCCCUGUCUUUUUUGGCACCAGGAAGUAGGGAGAAUAUAGCCCCUUGUUCCUUUGCUCCUGGGGAACCACUGUGACCGCCUCCUUCGCCAAAAGUUCUGUAAUCUCUGAAACCAGAGCGGCCACUUUUUCGGGCGUUUUCAUCACCGUCUCCACCACUCCCCUGAAUGGGGGUGGGGUCCGAUGGAAUUGGAGAGCAUAACCCUUCUGCAACGUCUGUUCUAGCCAGCGUGAGAGGGUGCAGCUUCGCUGCCACUGCCAGCAAUAUAGAGAAAGCGGCCGAGCGCGAAGCUGUGGUACAUUCAGUAGGAAGGACCUGUAUUCCUCUAUGGCCCUUGCCGCCGCUGUUCCCCAACACUGAGGUGGUGGAACAGCCCAAGGCGGGCCUCCCAUGAAAGGGAGAGGAAGCAUUAGUGCGUUCUGAUCCAGAAGGAGGGGCAGAGACGUCAGUUAAACCCGUAACCGUCGUAUUCCUGCCCUCCGUGAACGCAGCGCGGGUCUGAAUUGCACUGACCGAGGCCACAGCCUGCGACAGGGCACCAUCCCCAGCAAAGUACAUGACUGCAAUUCGCUAUUAGAGUCCCUCACUACAAUACUCCUAGGAGUCUGUAAUAUGAGGUCUCUAUGAGGUAACACAAGGCGGCGCCUUGAUACCUUCUGAACCUUCACCUUCUGUGUGUGUCCACCUCUGGUGGGUUGAGUCACGCUCAGUGUGGUGAGUAUUAGCGCGUUCUGUGACAGGUGGGGGCGCCGAUACGUUGGUUAUUCCUGUAACCUUAGUAAUCCGGCCCUCCGUGAACGCAGCAUGGGUCUGAAUCGCACUAACCGAGACCUUAGUCUGCGAUAGUGCGCCAUCCCCAAAUAGCGGCUGCGUCAUCAUGUCUCCUGACUGAGACUGCAGUCUGCUAUGAGAGGCACUCACUACAGUACUCCUUGGAGUCUGUAAUGUGAGGUCUCUGAGAUAAACCAAGACGGCGUCUUGGUAUCUUUCCUCCUUUCACCUCCUGUGUGCGUUCAGCUCUGCACCUCUGGUGGGCUGAACUACACUCAGUGUGGUGAGCAUUGGCGCGUUCAGAAAGAAGUGGGGGCGCCGAUACACUGGGCACCUUCGUGACCGUGGUAAUCGGGCCCUCCGUGAACGCAUCAUGGGUCUGAAUCGCACUAACGGAGACCUUAGUCUGUGAUAGUGCGCCAUCCCCAAAUAGCGACUGCGUCAUCAUGUCAGAGUCUGACAGAAACUGCCGUCUGCUAUGUGAAACACUUCUUAUACCUGAAGUGUUAUGUGAACCUACUCUGAAUGCCUGUUCAGCAGUGCACCCUUGGUGGGCUGAACGGCGCUUAGAGUGGUAGGGGAGAGAGGGUGAGAUUUGAACGCUCUCGGACGUAUUAUGGAAAAGGGGCUCUUUUUUGACAAAGUCAGGUGGAGCCAACUCUUUAUUCAACACAUCAACAAAAGCAUUUACAUCAUCACCCAUCCCUUCAACCGAAGGGUGGGGGGGAACAGUGGUCACGUUCAAGGAUGACGUGUCCUCCAUUCGCUCCCCCGCGUCCCGUCAUGUGCGCCUCCUCUUGUGGCCUCCCUUAGGGGCCCAGGUCGGCGCUCUCACCACCUCCCUCGCCGGCUGCAAUGGGGCCACCGUGGCUGCUGGGGGGGCUGGGCCCGCUCUCCUGCCUCCUGCGGCCGCCGACUGGCGCCGGAUACGCCGCCUCGCUGUAGAUCCUUGUCUACUCUGGGGGGCGGAAGUGGAUGGUCUACGUGACGGUGCAGGGCCUAACCUCCCUGCCAGUGGCAGGUGUCUGGCCAGCUGCUUCUUUUCCUCGUCCAACUUGGAAAACCUCUCAGUCGCCUCUUUGACGGCGACUCCAAAGAGCCCGUCGUCAGAGAGGGGGGCGUUCAAAAGGGACGUCCUGUCUGCUUCCUUCAUGGUUGUCAGGGACAACCAGAGGUGUCGCUCUGCGACCACCGAGGUGGCCAUGGACCUCCCCGAGCAGACGGCCGAUGCCUGUGUUAGGUGUAGGAUGGCGCCAGCAAUCCUAGACGCCUCCUCCACCUCCUCUGGCUCCAGCGCUGUCUUACCCGUGGUUAAACGGGACAGAGCGGCUGCCAAGAGGGCAAUGUUGUUAGCUGCUGCUACAGCUUGGGCUCCCAAAUUGAAGGACUUCUCUAACAGCUGUGCUGUGAGACGGUCCUUCUGAGAUGGCAAUGUGGCCUUCCUGGAAGAGGGCCAGGGACUCGAACCCGGUACGAGAUACGCCGCCAUGGCGCUCUCUAACCUGGGGAUUCCCUUAGCUUGGCCCUGGAACCUUCCCUCCGCUCUAGUGAAUGGGAUGUACGUUUUAGCCGGCGAACGCGCCGCUAAAGGUGCCUCCCAUGAGUCCUCGACGUAUUUUGCCAAUGAAGGCAUGGCAGGAGCUAGUGGCUCUGCCGCUCUUCUUGGCCUGGAAUAAGGGCCGCCCUCCAUUAAGUCAACCUCCGGUGCGGAGGGAAUAGGGGGCAGCGGUAUUUCCAGCCGUCUAGCAGCUCUCUCAAUGAGACCAGGAAAGUCCGUUCUCAGAGACGCUGCGGUGAAGGACAGGGCUUCUGAUUUCUCAGAGCCCGUGUCGUCAUCACCAUAGGAACUACAAGCCCUCUCGCUAACCAAAGGAAAGGGGGGCUUGAAUGUAUGAGGGACGGGGUCUGACUGUUCCAUAGGAAUGUCAGCCUCCUCCUCAUAGUCCCCAUCAUCCCCUGAGUUUGCGCCGUCAGAUGAGGCCUCUGAAGCAGAGUAUCGACAACACGUCCCCUAGGGGGAUAUCCUCCCUAAAAAACGCCCAGCGCUGCUUCCUCUCCUUUGUAGAAUGCUGGGACCCUAAACACACGAAACAUAAGUUGUGGGAGUCGCCGGCCGCAUCUGCAUUGAGCUCUGAAAAUAGCUUUUGUGGGUGGAAAAUCUCCUGGUGUGCUCAUUGCUGGACGACGUCGAUGACUGGAAAAUCGACGGCAUUCUCGUCCUGAGUCUUCUCUUCUCUUCGUCUCGUCUUGGCUUCUUCAGUCUAGUCCAGUCGCUGAAGAUAAAGGGAGGCUGAUUGAGGGGAGGCAUCCCCUCUUAUAGGGACACCUGUACUCCUAUUGGCUGCAGGUGUGUGCAUAAUUUUGUCUCAGGCUGAUGCUGCCUUAGGGCAGUGGGUAAACCAAUAGGAGCAGAGCUCCCCUAUGGGGCGGAGCUCUACGAUAUAGAACAACAUGCACAAACGCUCAAAUUCAUUUUUUUGUGUUGACCUAUUCUUCUCUAUGCAUUUGUUUGUGUGUGUGACAUUUCUUCUCUCUGUCUGUCUGUAGGAGGCCAGCGAGGCAUACCUGGUGGGUCUGUUUGAGGACACCAACCUGUGUGCCAUCCAUGCCAAGCGUGUCACCAUCAUGCCCAAAGACAUCCAGCUGGCACGUCGUAUCCGCGGGGAGCGCGCU